CACACAGUGAAGCUCUAACUUUCGAUUUCUUGCUCAGCUAUGGCGGACCCUCAUCCUCACUACGUCGAUCUCGACGAUGCAGAGUCCACCGAAGACGACGAAGCCUCAGAAGAACCAUCCGUCCCCAGCGACGUCGAAGACUCGGAACAAGACGAAGAAGAAGAAGAACCAGACGUCCAAACCAAUUCCAAUUACGCUAUCUAUCUCUCCAGAAUGGGUCCCCGUGAUGAGCCCAGUGAACCGGAGUCGGAUUUCAAACCAGGAAACGGCGGAAAGCGGAGAAAGAUCGGGAGCCAGGAAACGGCGGCGUUUGAGACCGGAGAGAGCUCGCAGACUAGUCAGUGGAAUCCGAAUGAAAUUGAUGGCCUCUUUUGCCCGAUUUGCUUGGAGGCUUGGACUAGUGAUGGUGAUCACUACAUCUGCUGUCUUCCUUGUGGCCACAUUUUCGGUAACUCGUGCAUAAAAAAAUGGAUAGGCCAGUCUCAAAAGCAAAAGUGUCCUCAAUGCAAUGCCAAAUGCAAGUGGAAAGAUGUUAGGAAGCUUUUCGCGUCUCGAGUUAUUGCUGUUGAUGAAGAAUCACAGAAGAGGAUUCGUUCACUUGAGGGUAAAUGUGCUUCUCUUGAGAAGGAGCGAGCAGAGUGGCAUAAGAAGGAAGCUGAAUUGCUAAAGGCACAGGGUGUACUAGAACGGAAAAUUCAGCAACUUAUGGAGAGCAAAACAUCAGAAUAUACUACUGGGACCUUUGAAAGGAGAUUUGGGUCUGGAAAUAACAUCAUAGCUGCAAGGUCUUAUGGGGAAACAUUUGGCUCUAACCUCUGUGGACAAGCAUCUAUGUGCAGCUUCAAAUUAGAGAAGGAGUUGUGUGUAGCUGGUGCUCGUGUGUUUGACAUCGACGCGUCUAACCAAAUUUUGUUAAUUGCGCGAAGACAUGCUGGAAUAGGUGGAAAAGAUGUGCUUACCAAAAUGAGCCUGAUACCUCCAUAUGACAGAGAUGAUGUUGUUCUUCCUAGCUCUAUAAGUUCUAUCAGGGACCUGCGUAUUUCUCCCUCUAAUACUAACCUUGCUCUCUUCGCUUGCCUAGGGAAGAAAUUGGUAGUUCUCAGUAUGGAGAACAACAACAUCAUAGUUUCCUAUGACCUACCGGCUGCUGCUUGGACAUGCUCAUGGGAUCUCAACGAUUCAAAUUAUAUAUAUGCUGGAUUACAGAAUGGCUAUCUUCUGGUGUUUGACAUGCGCCAAACCUCAGGGCCUGUUGAAUCCCUGGAGGGGCUGACAAACAACCCAAUUCAUACUGUGCAUUCUCUUUCAUCUAAUACAGCUUUUCCCUUUUGUGUUAGAACAGUGAUAUCCGCAUCAGCAAUUGGCUUAUGUCUGUGGCGUUUUGGUGGUGCUGUAACAGAGGGGCCGAUUUUGGUCCCCGAAACAGAGAACCAAGGAGUUUGUAUAUCUCUUGCCUAUUGCCCUAGAACAGAUGACAUUGUUGCUUCCUAUCGCCCCAAAGUUGAAUUUUCUGAUGAGACAGCCUUUACACAACCAAUGCUUACUCCUUCACGUGCCAUCGGACAAGGAACAGUCGGUUCCCAUGUUCUUUUAAAGAGAUCAGGCAACAACAGUCAUUUUCUGAAGUUGGGAUCUUCAGUGGGCAACGUGUGUGAUAUCGGAUUGCCAAAGUCCGCAAUUAUCAACAUAGAAAAUCGUGGCAGGUUGUUUGCAUCUGAAGAUAAACUAUCUUCUGAACUAGUUUUAAAGGAGCUGUCGCCUUUUACCACUGUUCAGCGCCUUAACUUACAGCAAAGUCCUGUUCAUGAUGUGAAGUAUACAGCUUCGUCAAGGAAAGGUCUCCUCAGUUGUUUGAAUGGUGACAUGCUGCAACUCUUCAGUACCGAGCUUUCAUGA